AUGGCCAAGUGGUUGUUUCUGAACGGACCGAAGAAUCAGCAGGAGAACCAUCAACAACAGCUUGAAACGGCAUCAGGAAUGCGGUUUGUCCAUUCUGUCAAUCCUCCAAACUAUGAGUCUGUGAUUCAUCCUCAGGCGAAUGCUUCGGGAGGUAUUCAGAUCAACCAUACAGAAAACGGCACUCAAGUUAUCACCGUGUCUCGGCACGUAUGUGCUGAAUCUGUACCCGAAUCUUCUGUUACCGAGGACUGUGAGGGGAACGACGCAGAUACUGUGAACUCUGAAGGGAAGACAGAAGAUAACGAGGAUGAUAUCUCCAAUCAGAAACAGCAGGAACAGCGACGUGAGGAAGCAAACUCUCGUUCAACCUCUAAGUCUGUAAUCCCUCGAUCCAUGUCUUCGGCAGUUGUUCAGAACAACGCCGGAGAAGGGAUUCAGGUCAAUACCAUUUUUCAUUCGGGUACUGGGUACCACUUUAUGGGUUGUCAGUUCAAUGAGAAGGUGUAUUUUCGUUAA